UAGGACAUUUUAUUCACAUAAAUCUUCUGUUUAAACUACUGAUCUGUCCUUUGAUACUAAAUUGGUGUGACUAUCUGAAGGAAAAAAAAUAGUUUUUGGAAUUUCAGACAUCUGUAGUAGUUUAUGUUUAGGUGAAACAGCUUGCUGUGGUUAAAGUAGUUUAUUUUCAGAGUGAAGUUUUUUUUUUUUAAAUAAUUUUAUAACCAGUUUGCUAAAGUGUUUUGUCUGCCAAUGUUUGGGGCCUGUUGUAUCUCAAAUGGAUGUUGUGAGAAUUAGUGACUAUUUUUACUGAUCAUUUGAGGUCACAGCAAAUGACCAUUUGGGGCAGUUCUUUAUCUCAGACCUGUUCAUCCAUUAGUGUCCCUCCAUUAAUUUUGUCUACCCUUCCUCUUGUUCAGUUUAGAUUCCAUGCUACGUCAUGUCAAUCUUUCUUUUACAAACACCUGCAACUCUCUUGCCUCUCUUUCCAUGAUACCAACCUGAAAAAACCCUAAACUUGUUUUUUAACAAGUUUGACCCAUGGCCUGAGGUGAAGACAGAUGGUAGUUUAGCCCCUGAGCCCAGGGCUUGCUCCCCACCAAGGAAGGAAGGAAGUGUGGUGCUUAUUGCAGGAGUGACCAGGACAUCACCUUCUAGAAGUAAUGCCCACAGAAAGCGGGAGUUGUUCAACUGCUCGCCAAGCAAAACAGAAACGCAAAUCUCAUAGCCUUUCCAUACGAAGAACAAACAGCUCAGAGCAGGAGAGGGCGGGUCUGCCGAGAGAAAUGUUAGAAGGACAAGAUUCUAAGCUGCCUUCCUCAGUUCGCAGUACACUUUUGGAACUGUUUGGUCAAAUAGAAAGAGAAUUUGAAAACCUUUAUAUUGAAAACUUAGAAUUGCGUAGAGAAAUCGACACUCUUAAUGACCGUUUAGCUGCUGAAGGACAAGCGAUCGAUGGGGCAGAACUGAGUAAGGGCCAGCUCAAAACAAAAGCCAGUCAUAGUACCAGCCAGCUUUCUCAGAAACUGAAGACCACAUACAAAGCCUCCACCAGCAAGAUUGUCUCCAGCUUCAAGACCACCACAUCGAGGGCUGUGUGCCAGCUUGUGAAGGAGUACAUUGGCCACAGGGAUGGCAUCUGGGAUGUCAGUGUGGCCAGGACACAGCCUGUGGUGUUGGGCACGGCAUCUGCAGAUCACACUGCUUUGCUGUGGAGCAUUGAGACAGGGCGGUGCCUAGUCAAGUACACAGGCCAUGUGGGCUCAGUAAAUUCUAUAAAAUUUCAUCCAUCAGAGCAGUUGGCUCUCACUGCUUCGGGAGACCAGACUGCUCACAUUUGGAGAUAUGUGGUUCAACUGCCGACACCUCAGCCCAUUGCUGACACUAGUCAGCAGAUCUGUGGCGAGGAUGAAGUAGAGUGUUCUGAUAAAGAUGAGCCUGACGUAGAUGGUGAUGUGUCCAGUGACUGUCCUACCAUUCGGGUGCCGCUGACAUCUCUUAAGAGCCACCAGGGAGUGGUCAUAGCAGCUGACUGGCUGGUUGGGGGGAAGCAGGCCGUGACAGCCUCAUGGGACAGAACAGCGAAUCUGUAUGAUGUGGAGACAUCAGAGCUUGUUCACUCUCUGACAGGCCAUGACCAGGAGCUGACACACUGUUGCACACACCCCACUCAGAGGCUGGUGGUGACCUCCUCCCGAGACACAACUUUCCGUCUUUGGGAUUUCAGGGACCCCUCCAUCCACUCCGUGAAUGUUUUCCAGGGCCACACAGAUACUGUGACCUCUGCUGUCUUCACCGUUGGAGAUAAUGUUGUUUCAGGCAGUGAUGACCGCACUGUGAAGGUCUGGGAUUUAAAAAAUAUGAGGUCCCCCAUUGCAACUAUUCGUACAGACUCUGCCAUCAACAGGAUCAAUGUAUGCGUAGGCCAGAAAAUCAUUGCCCUUCCACAUGACAACCGACAAGUGAGAUUGUUUGAUAUGUCAGGUGUGAGGCUAGCGCGGCUUCCCCGCAGCAGUCGACAGGGCCACAGAAGAAUGGUGUGCUGCUCAGCCUGGAGUGAAGACCACCCCAUGUGCAAUCUGUUCACCUGCGGCUUUGACAGGCAAGCCAUUGGCUGGAACAUCAACAUCCCUGCAUUGUUACAAGAAAAAUGAGGUCUCCAGCAUUCCUUAGUUUUGUAGUUUGCCAUGGACCUUGUGACUGGUGCCGGCUUUUCUCAUACUGAUCAGCCAUUUUUGUGAGCUUUUGACCCUGAAAAGGGUGAUUUGUGUAUGUUCUUUUCACAUUGUACCAAGCUUGCAUGAAUGUACAGGGAAAUGUGUGGUCAUGUUUUUUAUUUUUGUCUUAUAUGUGUUGGCAUCCUCUGGCCAGUAGAAAUGAAGCCCCUCUCCCCAUAGCACCUUGUGUAUUUUAAGUUACUGGCAUUUGACAGAUGACAGGAGGGCAUUACAUUUGUGUGAGUUAAAUGUGAACCUGUGUACUUAGUCUGUUGCAUUUCUGGAAUAAUACAUACCUACCUUGUACCAGGCAGGUUGCAGAGCUGUAUAGGCUUGAUGAAUGGCAGGAAUGAGCAAAAACUCCAUGUUUAUUUCUGUGUGAGGUUUCAGCAUGUGCUAUCAUGUAAUCCAGCUUCAGCUCUAUAUUCUAUUACAGUUCUGUAAAAUUAGCUGGGUUUUAGAAGUUUAAAAAAAUAGCAUAGAAUAUUGAACUAUAACAUUCAGAGAAUUUCUUGUGAAAAGAAAAGAUUCUGUUCUUUUUUAUGGAAAAUCAUUUCAAUUUCCUGAAAUUUCAUGAGCAAAUUCUAAAAUUUAAUGAUUCUAAUCACUGAUUUCAGAUAAUGAGCAAAAUUUAAAGCACUUUAGUCUAUAGUCAUGGUAUAAACAGUUUUUAGAAGUUUCAAAUGACUUAUCCAUUGAAUGUGACUUGACCUUUUUAAGAAGGCCCUGCUACCUGAAAACAAAACCUUAUUUAUUUUCUACACCCUUUGGUUUGCAUAUUUUCUAAAUGGGUUCACUUCCUUGGUGGUAUUUGAGAGCCAACAAUGCAAAUAAAUGAGUACUACCUCAAAAAUAAAUGCAUUUGGAAAACUUGGGAGUCUCACUGUUGCCUAGCUAAAGCACUUUUGACUGAUAGCUGGAAUAUUGAAAUCAAUUCAGGAGGCAAGAAGGACAAUCAUAGCAAAUGUAUCCUGAAAAUAAAAGGUUCUUUGAUUAGGUUGACCAGGGGAUAGUGAAAGCAGUGGUUUGCAGGUAACAAGAUGCUUUUGUCUCACAGCUGGGACACCUCUCAGUGCCAAUCCUCCCACUGCCAGAGUGAGCCUGUCACUCUUGCCUUCUUAGGAGUUACUGUCAUCUGGUGUUUGUAAGUUCAUGUUUCUUAGUAAGUUACAGUUUUGAUAAAGAGACAUCUCAGUAUACUUCCCCCCAGAUUUUUAAUCUUUUGAAUAUGUUCACUCGGAGAUUGGCCAUGUGGAAAAAAUGGUCCUGGGUGGCCCCUAUUCCCUGUUUCCUGGGAAGGAAGGACUGGGCUGGCACCUGCUGGAGUGCCUUUGGUGUGGUGGUGUGUGAGCAAUGUGUGCAGGUUGUCCUUGGCUGCAAGCUACCCAAGAGUGGACACAUCUCACAGUGGCCCUGUGUGCAGGUUCCGCAGUAGCUGAUCUUAGGAACUUAAGCUCUAUGUCAUUGGAAUGAUUUUGAAAUGAUUCACACAGGUCUUUUUGGGAGGUGGGACUAGGAAAAGCCAUUAAUGAUGUAAUAAGAAUUGCGGUUGCUGCUAAAGGACAAAUAGCAAGUGUCUUAGAGCAACUUUAAUUUUAACUUUAAAUCUCAAGAGUUUAUUGUGUUUAAAAGCCUGAUAUUUCUCCUGGUCACACUGACAGCGAAGUCAGACACAGUGUCUGAUUGCCAUAUCUCUUUGCAUGGCACCACACCCCAAAGAUAUAGGCACCAUGGCUUCUGAAGGAUAAGUUGCACAGCCACACUUGGCUUCUUUUUUUUGUUUCAAUUUGAAUGUCUGGGUGUCUUAGAAUCAUUGUUAGGAGCAUUGAAAAUUGUAUGCACACAACUAAGUCAAACUUACACAACAGAUAAAAAUUUGAAGUUUUUAAAAAUGUGUAUUUGUGAUGGCCAUUUAGUUCUGUACAGAUGAGCACGCUUCAUGGCCAGCAGCUACCCACCUUCCCUCACUGAUGGGGGCGGGGAGGAAGCGACAUUCUCACUGUCUCUAUUAGGCGGUAGACCUCAUGGUGCUCGAACGAGUUCUCAGGAGCAGGAUAAGAUACUGCCGACACCACAUGAUCCUCUGACGUGAUUCCAUCCAGCUGCUCUGUGCCUUGUGCUGGUGUUCUCAGGAGUCAUGAAGGAGAUUGGGGCUAGUGAGUGCAUGUGUGCGUGAGUCUGUGCGUGUAUGUUUUAAUGUGUAGCUGAAAUUGAGUCAUGUGAUCAGUCACAUGUGAUUUCAUCUGAAAUAGUGUUUGAAAAUGGGAAGUUUUGUCCUAAAUGCUGACGUGUCCAGAAUUUCAUUUACAAUGGAAGGAAAAUACGUGGUCACUAAAAACGUGUGUUGAUAGAGAAUGCAUAAGAGAUGUGUUGCUGGACAAAGCAGCACUCUCUCAACCACUGCACAUUCAUUUCUGUAGAGUCCAAAAUUCUUGUAUAUAGUUUGGAAUUUUGAAGAAUCCUGUGUAAAUCAUUUGUUACUUAAAUCUGUGAAAAAAUGUUUUUCUUUGGGGGGGGAAGUAUGCAUUUGUAAGUGUUACGUGGAAGCAAGUGUUUUUAUUGUAUUGAUGUAAUUGUUUUUAAGUGUUCAGUGUCUUUAUUGCAAUAUGAAAUUCAUUAAAAACCAUGUUCUGUAAUUACUAUUGUAAUUAUGUUUUAUGUUAUUAGGAGUCUUUAUUAUUUAGCUUUUUUCAUGUUUUGCUUUUAUGAAACAUUGUUAUUGGCUAUUAAACAUAAAAAAGAUGUAGAAGUUGAACAAAUUUAUUACAGUAUUGUCACUUGAAAAAUUUUAAUGUUAGACUUAAAAGAUCAGAUGUAUCUCCUAUCUGUCUACUAGGCUAAAGUUAAACGAUACAUGAUUUUGCUUCUUCAUUCCUCUAUCACCACCCCCAAAAUUUCUGAAGGAUGUUAAUAAUUUGACAUAAAACAGGCAUUUGUCAAAGUUUCUCCAUUUCAUGUGAUGCUAUUUCUAUUAUUAUAGUUAAGCUUUUUUGAAAGUUAAAAAAAUUCUUGUAACAGAAAGUAGGCCCCAUUUUCUGUGGGAGAAUGCAAAUCAGGAUUGGCAGUUGGCUGUUUACUCACUGAUCUUUUCUCUCCCAAGUAAAUGAAACUCUGUGAUUGUUGCAGGACUUGCAUCCGGAGGUGUUCACACACUACCUGGACUUUGCUGCCUGUCAAUGGUACCUUUUUAAACUAGUCAUGCUUACUGCUUACUUUGUACAGGUACAGGGUACAGUCAGUCCCCAAGAGGCAGAAAUUUUCCACUGAUUUAACUUUUACUUUACUCUUCAAAAACAUGAUUGUUGUCUAAAUUUCAUAAUUAAAUCUAUAGUCACAUUCAAAAGUUCGCAGUAUAAAAAAUUUAAGGAUUCAAGAGUUUCAUAUGAUUUCCUCAAAAUGCUACUAAGAUAUCGCUCCCUAUUCUUAGAUUUUUCUGUUUUCUUUUAAUUUAGCAGUUAAAAACAUUCCAAAAUUGGGAACACUUGUAUUGUUAUAUGCAGUCAUAAUAUGUUAAUAUUAUGGUGGGAAGAAAGUACAGAUGAAACCAAAGUAUUGUGUAAUCCAAAAUUAAUUUUAUUAAAAUAUCUAAGCAACUUGUGGUAGAAAUGAAUAUAGAUGAAACCGAUUCUUGGGAACUCUAAGAACUCUGUGUAGUGGACAAAUGCUGCCCGUUUUUGACUUGUGAGAUGUAAUAGAGAAUGGCAAGGAAACUACUUUAGACAAGUUGGUCAAGGAGGUUUCUCUAAAGAGAUGAGAUUUACUCACGUCUGAGGAUUGAUAAAGGUAUCAGGGCAUAAAGAACAAAAAUUAGGUGACAAAUGCCCAGAAGAGAAGAGGAGGAAAAGAGAAAGAGAUUUGCUUUGAGUCUAGUAAGCCUGUAGUAAAUGAAAAAGUGUGUUAUUGACAAAGGGAUGGAAAAAUUGAUGUAUCAAAAUACAUUCAUGCAUAUGUGAAAUAUUUCAGUUCAUAUACUCUCACAACAGAUUAUAUGUGGAAAGGAAGUAGCCUAUUAAUGAUUUUAGUGCUACUGGUUAUUCAUAUUAAAAAAAUAAAUGAAUUUGGGUCCCUUCCCCAUACCAAGCAAAAUCAAUCCCAGUAUUGCAUAUUAAAGGAAAAACAUUGACAUUAAACAUUUUUGUGACUGUGUUUAUUAAACUACCCAAAAAUACAUUAACUGUACUAGAAAAGAUUGACAUAUUCAACCAUGUUAAAUUAUCUGUGCAUUAUAGGACACCUUAGAAGGGUGAAAUAAUAAACCACAAAUUGUAGUUGCAACAUGUGUAAUCCACAAAGGACUAUUAUCCAGGGCAAUAAAAAAAUUCGACAUGUCUAUAGAAUAAUUGAAAAAUGGUCAGCAGACAUGAAUAGGUGUAUCACAAAAGAGGAACCUUGAAUAGUCAAUAAAUAAACCAGGAAAUGAAAAUUAAGGCCAAAAUGGAAUAUCAUUUCACAAACAUUGGACUGGGAAAAACUGCCAAGUCUAUAGACUGUUGGAACUUUUCUUUAGGACUGUUGGUUUAGAUACAAAAUAAUAUAGCAAAUUGGAAAGCACAAUCUUCCAAGUCUGGUUGAAUGCUUGUCUCCCUGCUCCAGCACUUUCAGGUGUGUAUUUGAACAUAGUUUAUUUAAAAUGUGAUGUCUGGAGACUCGCGUGUCUUAAAAUUACAGAUUCCUGGGUCCAAGAACCGCUGACUCAGAAUUUCUAUCUUGGGAUAGGAUCCAAGAAUCUGCAUGUGAUUCUGUUGUUCGGUUUGAGAUCCAUGGUCCUGAAGAACUGUUGUGUGUGCUUACAUGGAAGGAUAUAAUACCAAACUAGAAACAACCCAACCACACAUCGGCAAGGAUGGGUCAGCAAACUGUUAUGUCUACACAAUGAAAUAUGCACAGCGGUAAACUAGUGAAUCACACACAGCUACAUGCAGUUAUUAGGAACAUAGUGCUGAAUGAAAAAAGCCACUAAAACUACACACAGUAUGAAACUUUUUUUGUGCAGCACAAGCGAGCCCAAUCAGAUAGAUAGAAUUACGAUCAAUUAUUUGGGGAAACAGGAAUGAAGAAGCCAGAAUUCAGCAUGGCAUUCCUGGGGAGGGACUGAAGGGUGUAAUGGGAGC